CAUGCAUUUGUAGAAUGACUCAAGAGGGCUCCCAGAUUUUAAACCAUCUUCCCUGAAUAUCAUCCACAAGAAAAAGAUUCUUGAGUUAGUGAGAGACAGAGAAGAGAGAUGGAUCCCCAUAAAGACUCUACAGUAGGAAACACAGAAAGAAUAGGGCUUCAUUCUCCUCUAUGUUAUUUUCUUAUCGCUGGAGUUUCUAUAUUGUUCCUCAGCUCCUGUUUCAUCACCAAAUGUGUCGUGUCAUAUCGCUUAUUCUCUCGGGACUUUGAAGAAGGUAAGAAUCAGACCUCUUCGAUGGGCCAUUCCUCAGGAACUAAUUACUGCCCACUGAACUGGGAAAGAUUUCAAUCUAGCUGUUAUUUCUUCUCUGAUGACAUCAUGACUUGGACUGCAAGUCUGAAGAAUUGUAAAGGAAUGGGGGCCACUCUGGCAGUUAUAAACACACAAGAGGAGCAGCACUUCCUUUUCCAAAAAAAACCCAGUGGAAGAGAGUUCUACAUUGGGCUGACAGAUCAAGUGGUUGAUGGUCAGUGGAAGUGGGUGGACGACACUCCGUUCAACAAAGCUUUGAGCUUCUGGGAUGUUGGGGAGCCAAACAACCUUGCUACGCUUGAGGACUGUGUAACCAUAAGAGACAGUUCAGAUGCAAACCGCAACUGGAAUGAUUUAACGUGCUUCUUCAAUAUGUAUCGAAUUUGUGAAAUGCCAGUGAAAGUUUUUUGAUUGAGAAAAUAUAGUAGAGAGAAUAUAGGCUCUUUAAAUGUAUAGUGAGAAAGGAUGAAAUAUGUUAUUUAUAUGAACAUAUAAUGGGUUUGUUAUUGUUAUUUUAAAUGGAUUAAAUGAAUAACUAUUUAACAAUUGUAUCAGUUUUAAUUUCUAGCAUGGUAAACAUUGAUAGGUAUAACCCAUAGAACAAAAGAUC